UUCAUUUCUCUCCAAAUUCGAUCGGUGGGUAAAAUUUUGAGGAGGACGACGAAAGAGAGACAGAGAAAAAAGAGUGUUUCAGUCACUGCUCUUCAAGGAAGCUCCCAAACCAAUUCAUCCCCCUUGCCGUCUUCUCCCUAUCUACCUUUUUCCUACCCUUCUGCUUCGUCUCUAUCAACCAACCCCAAAGGAAUGCUGUUUAGAUGGAAUCAACAAUGGAGAAUUUAACUGAAGUAGAAUCAACAAUGGAGAAUUUAACGGAAGUGAAAUCAACAAUAGAGAAUUUAACUGAAGUAGAAUCAACAAUGGAGAAUUUAACGGAAGUGAAAUCAACAAUGGAGAAUUUAACGGAAAUGGAGAGUGAGAGAGUUGAACAGGGCACUGAUAAGGAAAUUGAAAGUGGAGAGCAAAGGCAGGGUGAUGUGAAGGAAACAGAGAAUGAAAAUCCAGGAGAGACAGUAGGAGAGGAAGCUCCCGUCAAGGAACAGAAAGAUUCUCCAUGUCCCAUGGUCAUUGAAAAGGGUACUUCACUUGCUUCGAACGAGGUGACUUCUACCCUUGAGGGAGGGACCAAUGAUGAUGAUCCGCCGAAGAUUGAUGAUGAGAAAACCCAUGAUGAGAACAAUGCCCAGUUAGAAACAAUCCCGCACCAAAGUCCAUCUCCAUCAGUAGCUUUAGAAACUGACGAAGGGUUAAUCAACCCUAAUGUAGAAGACACUGCAGAACAGAACAUAGGGUCUUGCGAAGUAAGUUCAGAAAUCUUGAAAGAUGAGGGAGAUGCUGUCAAGGUUGACAAAGAUAAUGCAGUGGUCCAUGAAGAAACGGCCAAAAUACCUGACUCCAAACUCUCAGAGGAGGACACAGAAUCACCGCAUCAUCAUGCUGAUAUUGUCAUGGAGCAGGAAAAAGCUGCAGAAGAACAUGACAUGAUAGCCUCAGGAAACCAUGACGAAUUUCCAGUCAAUCCUGAUAACAAACACUCGGAAGAAAAAGGAUCACUGCAUAUUCAUGCUAAUACUGUGAUGGAGCAGGAAAAAUCUGCAGAAGAACAUGAGAUCAUAUCCUCUGGAGACCGUAAGGAAUUUCCAGCCAAUCCUGAUACCGAAGUUGUUGAGGAGAAAAAUGACAUUAUGGAUGACGGUGAGGCUAAAAAUAUGAACUUGGCUGGCGAUGGAAGUGGACCAGUCGAUCACGAUCACGUGACCACAAGGGAGCUUGACAAAGGGCUAGAGGUGCCUGGGUCUGAGACCAUAUCAAAACUGGAGGAUCAUCCAUCUGAGCCUCUCUUAGAAACCUCAAUGAAUGUGGAAAACGAACUAGACAUGCCUGCCACUGAAAAUGUGACAGACAAUGACAAAAUCUCUGAUGUGUUGGCAGUUAGAGUUUCAGGAGGCAGUGACGAAGGGUUAUCUGGCUUGCCUGCUACCCAAACUUCCUCUGAUCAUGAUGAAGGAAUGACUAUAGCUGAUGCUCUGACUACAGAAGACAUGGAACUUGAUCUUCCAGAUUCUAAAAUGGUUGCUGAUACUACUAUUGACUCCACUAAUAACAAGGAUGUCAAUGUUGAGGCUAAUACUGAAAAGCAAGAUACUUCUAGAGCACUUGUGAUAAAUGAUGCAGAUAAUGAAAGUGCACCAGUGACACGUGAACCUGGUCCUUGUGUUGCACCUUCCAAUAUAAAGUCUGAAAUGCGGAGUAGUGGAGAUUUGAACAAUGGAGUCCAAAAAUAUCCUCGGGUACCACCUGGCGCUGAUGGGGCCAUGCGCGCUAAGCGCUCUUUCCUUUUGGAUGAUACGUCUGAUGGUAAUGAAUCUGGAACGGAAGAGGAUCAAUCUGCUUUUAUGAAAGAAUUGGAUAGUUUUUUUAAAGAGAGAAACAUGGAUUUCAAACCUCCAAAAUUUUAUGGGGAGGGACUGAACUGCCUUAAGUUGUGGAGAGCUGUGACUAGAUUGGGCGGGUAUGACAAGGUUACUGGAAGCAAAUUAUGGCGGCAAGUGGGAGAGUCUUUCAGGCCCCCAAAGACAUGUACAACAGUAUCAUGGACUUUCCGAGGUUUCUACGAAAAGGCCCUUCUUGAAUAUGAGCGGCAUAAAGUUAGUGGAGGUGAAAUUCAGAUACCCCUUCCGUUGGAGUUGGAACCAAUGAAUACUGAUAAUCAGGCGUCUGGAUCAGGUAGAGCGAGGAGAGAUGCUGCAGCACGUGCUAUGCAAGGUUGGCAUUCACAGCGUCUUAACGGUAACGGUGAAGUUAGUGACCCUGCAAUCAAGGAUAAGAACUUAGUUGUUCAUCAAAAGCGUGAAAAACAGAUUGGGACCUCCCCUGGUUUGCUCAAACGGAAGAGGCCUGCUGAACAUGGUGCAAAAAGUGCCAUUCAAGUAUCUAAACCUAUGUUGGAUGUGACAGUUGUUGAUGUUGGACCACCAGCUGACUGGGUCAAGAUUAACGUACAGAGGACGCAAGAUUGCUUUGAGGUCUAUGCAUUAGUACCCGGACUAGUCCGUGAAGAGGUCCGGGUCCAAUCAGAUCCAGCUGGGCGUCUGGUAAUAAGCGGCGAACCCGAGAACCCUAUGAAUCCCUGGGGAGCUACUCCUUUCAAAAAGGUGGUAAGUUUGCCAACGAGAAUCGAUCCGCAUCACACGUCGGCUGUGGUAACCUUAAACGGGCAGCUAUUCGUCCGUGUGCCUCUCGAGCAAUUGGAUUAGAAACAUUUUAACAAAAAAAGCCUUUGAAGAUCUGAAAAGAGAGAAGAAGAUUGUUAGAAGUAGUUGUUGUUGAGAGUAUUUUGUCUGUAUAUUAUGAGAGCAUAACAGAGCCCUGAGUCUGAGAAGAAGAGCCAGUUUAGGAAUCCUUUAAUUAGGCCAUCUAGUUUAUGGUCUCUCUCUCCUCUCUUUUGAUUAGAUUCUUCUAAGUAUCACUAUUGAUUUGUUGUAGCACAAACAUCUUUUUUAUAAAAAAACUCUUUCUAUUAGGAUCAACCAAAUCUACAACUUUUUUUUUAA